CGCUCAACUGUUCAGUACAUCAUCUAUCUGUACUUAUCCUUCCUCAUUCUUAAUUCCGUGUACAGCAAAAACUUGUUCUGUUAAUCUUGACUUUUUGUAGUAUUGUUUAACUACAAUAAUAUUAUCACGACUGUGGUAUGUGGUGUCAGUAAAUACUGUAAAUAGUGUACGAUUGUUGGCUGAGGUCAGAACAACAAAAAGCAAGUUGGAUGGGUCGCGGCGGAGAGCUCGCGCUGUUGUGGCUGCGCCGGCAUUGUACCUCUCUAGUGAUUGGUGAUUGCCGCGAGUUCCGAGCAGCGAGCGAGGUGCCUUGACACGAUAGUGGCGGCUAACGAUUCUUGCGCGCCUCCGGAUGCAAAUUCAGUAUAGUGUCAACAACUGAGUCAGUUGCUGCCUCACUGGCUGCAGCCGACGUUGCCGUGUUGUGGCUGCCUUGAGUAUUCAUCGAACGCCGCCUGCGCACGCACUACUAAAAUGUCUGGCAAGAAGGCGAUGGUGAUUGCUGAGAUGCAGCAGACGGAGGCGAGUAACGAAGACUAUGCUUAUGCGAAAGACUUCGCGACAGCAUUACCACAAUUCCUCGCCGUUAGCGCCAAGAACUUACUACUCUUAGGUUACGGAAUGACACUUGGAUUCUCCACUAUUCUCAUGCCAGCCGUGCAAAAUCCAAAAGAUGGUGAAAUACUACAUUUGAACAAAUCAGAAAUAUCUUGGAUAAGUUCAAUCAACCUAAUCAUAGUACCAGUGGGGUGCGCUGUGUCUGGGAUCGUGACGUCACCGCUUGGACGUCGACGAGCGAUGCAGAUGGUCAACAUUCCUUUCUUCAUCGCCUGGUUGAUAUUACACUUUUCUACUACCACGGGCCACUUAUAUGGGGCCCUAUUUAUUACGGGGCUAGCAGGUGGAUUGCUAGAAGCGCCCGUAUUAACCUACGUUGCGGAGAUCACACAGCCCCACUUGCGCGGCGCGCUGGCGGCCACCAGUUCGCUUUGCAUAAUACUCGGCGUUUUCACUCAGUUCCUCUUUGGAAUAUUCCUAUAUUGGCGAACUGUGGCUUUAGUCAACAUUGCAUUUACGGUCUUGGCGGUUGUCGCACUUUGUUUUGUGCCCGAAUCUCCACAUUGGUUGAUUUCAAAAAAUCGCACGGACGAAGCCAGGAAAAGUUUACAGUGGCUGCGCGGCUGGACAACUCCUAGCGCUGUUGAACAAGAGCUUAGAGAUAUACAAGCUUUAUUCAAAUCGACCAAAAAUGAUGUCACCAAUGUCCAAGAACCGUGGUCCGAGAGAAUGUCUCUGUAUCUUAAAAAGAGUUUCAUGUUGCCAUUCUUUCUCGUGACCUUCGCAUUUUUCGUGGGAAAUUUCAGUGGUAUGACUACUUUGCAGACUUACGCAGUAUCGAUAUUCCAAAUGUUAAAGGCGCCCAUCGACAAGUACUAUGCGACACUGAUUCUUGGUUUACUACAAAUUGUGGGCGCAACUUUAUGCGUGCUCUUAGUUCAUUACACCGGGAAGCGAUCACUUACUCUGUUCUCCACUGGAGGCGCUGGCGUCUGCUGUAUUUUAGUUGCAAGCUACGACAUAUACAUAAAAACGAAUGGUUUCUCGGACGCUUUGGAAGGGGACAAUGCUACUUCAAUAGCUGGUUCUAAACCAACCUCAGAGAGUAUGGAAGAACAAGUGAGGAACCCUUACUCCUGGAUUCCCACAACAUUGUUGAUGCUCUUGGCUCUUAUUUCACAUACUGGAUUGAGGCUGUUGCCUUGGAUUUUAAUCGGAGAGGUGUUCAGUGCUAAAACGAGAGCAGGCGGCGCGGGCGUUGCCAGUGCCAUCGGUUACAUAUUCGGCUUCCUUACAAACAAAAUGUACAUUAGCAUGGUCGAUUCAUUGUCCAUUUGGGGUACCUAUGGAUUUUAUGGCGUAGUGUGUUUUGUCGGAGUCGUCGUUUUUUAUUUCAUUUUACCUGAGACCGAGGGCAAAAAGCUGAACGAUAUUGAAAGCCAUUAUGCUGGGGGAACCAAACUUACAAACCAAGUCUUCCGUGCUAAGAAAAAACAAAACGACCUGUCAAGAAUGCACGAACUAAAAGGCACAACUAAUCCUACGUUUGAAGGAGACACAUCAAACUUAUAAUCGUCAAUUAUAUACUAUCUUCUUGAACUCGCUUCGAAAUUUAAUUACUGUGACUGCAGUUAAAUCUGCUUUGCUAUAGACGAUGCUCAGUUACGUUUCCCAUUACACAAGAAAAAACUCGUCGUAUGUUAAAAAAUAUUAUUUUAAAAGUCUAACAAUAAAAUUUUGACUGAAUGAAAGAGAAGUGAAACUUGCCAUAGCUAUGUUACCUGUAAUUGGUGGAAACCUGCCUUUACCAAUGUCAUAUGUGCGUUAGUUUACAUAUCAGCUAAGCGAAGAAGGUGAAAUCAAUUUAGUGUCUAAGUUAGUAACAAUAUCUGUGAUCAAUUAACAUUUAUUUUUGUUACAUUCCGUAAAACCAACAAAUGCUAAUCUUGGAUGUUUGUUCUAAAUUCUACAAUG